GCCCAAAUUCCUAUUUUAUGGAUAUAAAAUGUCCAGAUUGCUACAAGAUUACCACGGUUUUCAGCCAUGCUCAGAGGCUGGUUCUUUGUGUAGGCUGUUCAACAGUGUUGUGCCAGCCAACGGGAGGAAGGGCCAGACUCACAGAGGGGUGUUCAUUUAGAAGAAAGCAACACUAAUGGGCCACACAACCUCUUGAAUUUGUGUUAUAUUGCAGAAAGCAUUAUCAGUUCAGUAAUUC